CCCGGCGCGGCUGCCGGGCCGGCUGCUGGAGGCCCCGGGCCCGGCCCGCGCCGCAAUGGCCUUGGUGACCCUGCAGCGCUCUCCCACGCCCAGUGCCGCAUCGUCCUCCGCCAGCAACAGCGAGUUGGAGGCUGGCAGCGAUGAGGAACGGAAGUUGAACCUCAGCUUGAGCGAGAGCUUUUUCAUGGUGAAAGGAGCAGCCCUCUUCCUACAGCAGGGAAACAGCCCUCAGGGCCAGCGCGGCCUUCAGCACCCUCAUAAGCAUGCAGGGGACCUGCCCCAGCACCUCCAAGUGAUGAUCAACCUUCUACGCUGUGAAGACAGAAUCAAGCUGGCUGUACGCCUAGAGAGCGUCUGGACCGACCGUGUCCGCUACAUGGUUGUGGUGUACACCAGCGGGCGCCAGGACACCGAGGAGAACAUUUUGCUGGGAGUUGACUUUUCCAGUAAGGAGAGCAAAAGCUGCACCAUCGGGAUGGUCCUUCGUCUGUGGAGCGACACCAAGAUCCACCUUGAUGGGGACGGAGGCUUCAGUGUGAGCACAGCAGGCAGGAUGCACAUCUUCAAGCCCGUGUCGGUCCAGGCCAUGUGGUCUGCCCUGCAAGUGCUUCACAAGGCCUGUGAGGUGGCACGGAGGCACAACUACUUCCCUGGGGGAGUGGCACUCAUCUGGGCCACCUACUAUGAGAGCUGCAUCGGCUCUGAGCAGAGCUGCAUUAACGAGUGGAAUGCCAUGCAGGACCUGGAGUCCACACGGCCUGACUCCCCAGCGCUGUUUGUGGACAAGCCGACUGAGGGGGAAAGAACUGAGCGCCUCAUUAAAGCCAAACUCCGGAGCAUCAUGAUGAGUCAGGACCUCGAAAACGUGACCUCUAAGGAAAUCCGCAGUGAGCUGGAGAAGCAAAUGAACUGCAACCUGAAAGAAUUCAAGGAGUUCAUCGAUAACGAGAUGUUGCUCAUCUUGGGACAGAUGGACAAGCCUUCCCUUAUCUUCGACCACCUUUACCUUGGCUCCGAGUGGAAUGCAUCGAAUCUGGAGGAACUGCAGGGCUCAGGAGUUGACUACAUUUUAAAUGUCACUAGAGAAAUAGACAAUUUCUUCCCUGGCUUGUUUGCGUAUCACAACAUCCGAGUCUACGACGAGGAGACCACGGACCUUUUGGCCCACUGGAAUGAAGCAUAUCAUUUUAUAAACAAAGCAAAAAGGAAUCAUUCCAAGUGCCUGGUCCACUGCAAAAUGGGAGUCAGCCGAUCUGCAUCCACGGUCAUAGCCUAUGCGAUGAAGGAAUUUGGGUGGCCCCUGGAGAAGGCGUAUAACUAUGUGAAACAGAAACGUAGCAUCACGCGGCCCAAUGCUGGCUUUAUGAGGCAGCUGUCUGAGUACGAAGGCAUCCUGGAUGCAAGUAAGCAGCGGCACAACAAACUGUGGCGACAGCAGCCUGCAGGUGACACCGCAGCAGAGCCCAAUGAGCUUUUGCCGGAGACCCUGGAUGAUGCCCUGGACACCCAGCUGCCGUGCUUGGAUGAUACCACCCCCCAGCCCGGGCUCCCAGGAAGCCAGGCCCCAGCAGGAGGACCCUCUCUCCCCUGUUGUUUCCGAAGACUCUCAGACCCCCUCCUCCCUCACCACGAUGACGCAGGCGGCCUGGUCCACUUGGAGGACCUUGAGCGGGAUGCCCUGUUGGAAGACGCAGCUCAGCCGGGGGAGGCACACAAGCUGGUCCAGCAUCCUCAGGAAGGAGCCAGGCUCUGUGAAAAGGACAUAAAGAGGAAGCUAGAGUUCGGGAGCCCCAAAGCCUGUGGUGGCUCCUUGCCACAGGUGGAGGAGAUGGAGAAAGGGGUUGGCCAGAGAGCAGGGAGGUGGAGGCGGGCGUCUACCCAGCUCGACAGAAGUUUGCUUGAUCAGGAGAACCUGAAUAAUAACAACAGUAAGAGGAGCUGCCCUGACGACUUUGAGGGAGAUGCUGUGUUUGGGAUCCUCAGUAAAGUGAAGCCUUCCUACUCGUCCUGUGCUGACUGCAUGUACCCUGCAGCUGGCGGGGCUCCCGAGGCCUUCGCAGAAUGGCACGAAGAACCCAGCGCUCCUGCCAUCUGCACCCAGCCAGCCUUCCUGCCCCAUGUCACAUCUUCCCCGAUGGCCCACACGAGCAGCAGGUCCCGAGCUCCAGAGAGGCUGGCCUCUGGUCCAGCCAACAACCCCCCAUCCCUACUACCAGCAGGCUCAAGGAAGCCAGACUCUGGAGCUGGGGCUUGCCCAGAACCGCCAACAAGCCUUCUAGAGCCUUCCAGAGAAACCUCAAAAGUCCCUCCAAAGUCCCUCCUGUUGAAGAAUUCUCACUGUGAUAAGAACGCCUCCAGUAUGGAAGUGGUGAAGGAAGAAUUGUCAGCGAAGAGAGAUCCUAAGCCGGCUAAGGACCUGAGGCUUCUGUUCAGUAACGAGGCUGAGAAACCGACCACCAACAGCUACCUGAUGCAGCAUCAGGAGUCCAUCAUUCAGCUACAGAAGGCAGGCCUGGUCCGGAAGCAUACCAAAGAGCUGGAGAGGUUGAAGAGCCUGCCUUCAGACCCGCCGUCUACCUGCAGGGACAGCGCCACCAGCAGGCUGGAGGCUAGCAUCCCUGAAGAGGGCCAGGAGCCCGAACACUCAGCCCUGAGCAACCAAGCAGGCAUUGAAGAGAAACCUCCAGAAGGAGCCUUGGUGAAAAGCCCUACUCCUACCCUCCUCCGCAUGGAUCACACCAGUAGCUUCUCAAAAGACUUCCUGAAGACCGUGUGCUACACCCCCACCUCCUCCUCCAUGAGUUCCAACCUGACUCGGAGCUCCAGCAGCGACAGCCUCCACAGUGUCCGAGGGAAGCCAGGGCUGGUGAAGCAGCGGGCACAGGAGAUCGAGACGCGACUCCGACUUGCGGGCCUCACUGUGUCCUCUCCACUGAAGCGUUCCCACUCCCUCGCCAAACUGGGAAGUCUCAACUUAUCCACCGAGGACCUGUCCAGCGAGGCUGACACGUCCACCAUUGCCGACUCGCAGGAUGCCAAGUGUGGUCACUCUUCCUUGUUGUACGAACCCCAGGCCACCCCAAGGGACCCCAUUGCAGCCUGUAAGGCCUCAGGGAAAUCGGUCCCAGAAAACUUGAAAAGCCUGUCAAAGUUGAGUAAAAGCUGACCAGCGUUCUGCCGUGUGGGUGAAGGUUUUUAUGGUGUCCUGAUCUACCACCACUCACGUCUUGAUUCGUGUUAACGUUAGUCAUCCAGGCUUUCCCCACACUUGCCAAAGAGAAGGGAGCAGAAACAAGUAAAAUCAACCAGGAGACCCAGCAAGGGCCUGGGCGACCUGGAAGCUGUCAGCCAGGAGAUGUGCAGCUCCAAUGCCCAAGUCCUAUCUUUGGGAAGACACAGACACACAGGCUGAAGCUGUGUCUCGGUUGUUAGAGUCUUGCUGGCCAUGCACCACACCGUAGGUUUGAUCCCUAGCACCACAUAAAACCAGACAUGGCUGUGCACUCCUGUAAUCCCAGCAAGGGAGGUGGAGGCAGGAGGAUUAGAAUUUCAAAGUCACUCAGUGAGUUUUAGGCCAGCCUGGUGGAGAGAGAAUAAGACUGUAUAUACAAAAUACUUUAUGUGUGACCUGUAAUAGAGGGGGGUGUGGUGAUGUCGUCCCUGUGGCCCACGUUCCCAGUUUGCUCCUGUCCUUGAGGGAGAAUUCUCAGAUGACAACACAAGUCCUACCUCCGUUCUCACUGUGCUUUUGCUUUUAAAAUAGUAAUGACCACGGCUCUUUCUGAGGAGCAGUGUCGUGUCUGAAAGGGUUUUUUCCAAGGGAAUUGUGGGGGGGUUUCGGUUUCUUUAGGGCUUUUUUGGUUUUUUGUUUGUUUGUUGGUUUUUGAGGGUGGGGAACCCCAGAAAUAUCAAGACUUUUAGCCUGCCCAUCCCCAGUGCAGCUAGGUGAAGUCUUCAGAGGGAAGCACUGAAUGGCAGUCAUCUGUGUAACCCUCCAUCCAGGUCGGUACCUGCAGUGGGGUGUGUGGGGUCCUCAGCUUCUAGCAUCAAGCUUUCACCCUCCAGUCACGCACGGGGAAGGACUCUGGGGGCAUCGCUGAGCCACGUCUGCUGCUAACAAGACAUUGCUGUGUUUGGAAAGAGUAGACCCUGGCAGCCACCCUGGGCUUCUGUGCUCCUGUCUCAGGGCCCAUUGGAAGGCUUAGGAGUCUCCCGUUCCUCGGCAACCAUUUCUCCUCGGCAAGAACAAGACCACAUUGAGAAACCUCACCCAUGACACCCUAAGGGAAGGGAGUUACUUCCUAGUGGCUGGCAGUCAUUGGUGCCAGAAUUCAUUUCACCAAUCUCCAUGGGUUGACUGGUCACUUAGCAGGGCUCUCGAGAAGCACAUACAUGACCUGUGGCAAGAAAGCGUAGGUGGACACUUGGUAUCGUCUGACAGCAUAGCACAAAAAUCUCCUGACUUGGUCACCAUCCCCAAGUUCCUGCUGAUGAUAAAGACCAGAUGAAGGUCAUUGAUGUUCCCCAAUCCAAAGCCCCUUGGUUUUGUUACUGUUGGGGUGUGAGAGUCCACGCUGCAUGCAUACAUGUACAUAGGUCUGUGUGCAUAUACCUUGUGUAUGCGUUUUGUGUGUGUGUGUGUGUACCUGAUCAAACCUGGUGUAUGCCAUUUCUCUCAUCACGCACAGUGUCCUUUAGCUAUGCAGUAAGUUGCCCUAGACUCAUCUGCAGUGAUGCCACCAGGGGCCAUCUGGAGAAGGGUGACCACCUCGUCUUUCCCUUUUGCAGUAGACACCACGUUCCCUCCUUCAGCCCGUCUCAGACAGGAGUCCUAACUGCGCAGCCUCUGCUGCCCUGGCCGUUGGCCUUGCUGCAUGAGAAGAUAGCUGCUUCCUCCUCUACACUGUAAUUAUUGUUUUACAAUUGAGUGCCUUAAUGAUCGUUUACAAAUACUGUGUAUUUAUGCGCUACAAUUCAGCUCUCAUCUUCUGUGGCUGGGUACUUGUUCUCGUCCUGGUGGUUGAGAUUAGGACUUGAGUUUCUCCCCACCCCCUCCACUUAACGUUUAUUCUGCUAUGCAGUUGACAUUGUGGUUGGUGACUGCUCCACGGGGCCUGCCAGAAGCGGCACUGUUGAGUUCCUGCAGGCCAGGCUGGCAUCAGCAAACGCCACAACCCAUGGUAGCCAGGGAAGAACGCGAUUUGGUUUUGCUGGGAAGUGGUGCAGGUCCUGCACUCCCUGACCCACAGCCCAUCACCCCACCCAAACACCUCACAGCUGCUCUCGAGUUUAUGGAGGCUUGUUACCACAUAGACUCUCCUCACUCUUCCUAUUCUUCUGCCCUUUUCCUGAGCUCCUUGCAGCAAAUUGUGGGUAUAGCUCACCUCAGAGGAGCUGCACCAGACCAUGUUCAAAGGCUGCCACUGGGUUCCCAUGCAUCGCAUUACAACUUUGAUUUUUUAUUGUUUUUUAUAUUAUAUAUUUAAAGGCAGUAUCUUUUGUACUGUGAAUUUUCAGUAGAAGCAUAGUGCACUUUUUUUUUUACUUCUGUUGGUGUGUACUGUAUAUAGUCUGUGUGCUUCUUGUGAUGAAAAUAAACAUUUCCUUUAUAAA